AUGAGCGAUCCCUUUCGCAUCGUCAUUGUCGGCGCAGGCCCAGCCGGCCUCUCUGCCGCCCUCGCCAUCGCCCGGCAUCCCGCCGCCGCCGCCUCCCGGCCUGUGCACAUCACCGUCCUCGAGCUGCGCCGCGGCGUGCACACCAUCGGCGGCGCCGUCAACAUGACGCCCCUCGCGCUGCGCUACCUCGACAGCCUCGGCGCGGGCGCGCGGCUGCGCGCCCGCGGCCACGCCGGCAGCGCCAUUGAGCUCGUCGCGCACCGCACCGGCCGGCUGCUCGCGACGCUGUGGCCCGGCGUCGACGCACUGCGCGUGCGUCGGCAGGCCGUCGUCGAGACCCUGACCGAAGCGGCCGCCGCGCUCCGCGACGCCUCCGAGAACCCGGAGACGCUGCGGAUUCUGUACGGGGCCGAGGUCCUGAGCCUCGAGGAGCACGAGGGUGGUGUGCGGGUCGCCUUCACGCAUGGCAAAGACGGUGCUCCUUUUUCGUCGUCGGCCCCAAAUGUCACCAUCGAUGCCGAACUCGUGCUCGGUUGCGACGGCAUACACUCCUUUGUCCGCCGGCGCUUUGUCGAGCCCGGCCGCCCGGAGACGUACACGGGCCGGUGCGUCGCGUACGGCUUCAUCCCCGCGUCGCCGUCCGACGCCGUGCGCUGGACCCGGAGCGGCGGCGGCGCCGAGCCGCUCGUCAACCACUCGACGCUCCUGCAGCACGGCGCCGAGUCGCUCCUCCUGGCGCGCCACCAGCCGCCCGACCAGCAGGACAGCCUGUACCUCGCGGCGGUCAUGUCCGUCCGCGCAGACACCGAAAGCAGCAGCAGCCGCGAGGGCUGGGCGGUGCAGGGCGCCGACAAGGAGGGCCUGCGGCGCAGGAUGCAGGACAUGUUUGCGGGAGGCGGCAUCGGCUGCCUCGAGGAAAUGGUGGCGCGGUGCGACGACUGGUUCUUCUACCCGGUGCACAUGCUGCCCGAGGGAGGGCUGUGGUCCAAGGGCCGGCUUCUGCUGCUCGGCGACGCUGCGCACGCUGUAAGCUCACCCUGUUCUUCCAAACCCCAGUCUUGUAUGCCGCCGCAGGAAGAGAGCACCGGCGUGGCAAUCGAGGACGGCGUGCUGCUCGCGCACGUCCUGUCUCGGAGGGACGGGCGCAGCGUGCCGCGGAUGAUUGCCGACUACGAGGCGCUGCGGCGCGCUGACGUCGCGGCGCUGCACAAGACGUCCAUGGCGCGGUGGAAGUCCCCGGCGCCCGCGGGUUGGGUCGGCCGCAUCAUGAUGGAGUGGAUGGCGUGGCUCGUCGUGUCGUAUCUCAACUGGACGAGCGACCACUUUGCCCGGGAUGUUCGCAAUUUACCUUUGCCCGAGUAG